UCUUUUGAAUCUUCCCUGCACGUCUCAACCGUUUGUUUCCCUUCAAGUAACAGCUAUGUCACUGAUAUUUUCUUCGUGUCUUUUGCUGAUAGCAUUGCGAAAUCGAAUCUUGGAAUCUUUGCAGUUCGACCAGGUGUUCUAGCAAGUUGACUUUCGACACUUCUCAAACUCCGCGGAAGCUGGCUGAAGGAUCGAAACUGUUAUGUUGAGAGGACUUUCGCUGUUGCCUGGAAUCAUCUUUUCGACAGCGCCUUCUCCAUCGUCUGGUGAAAUUUGUUACUCGCUGAUAUCCUAUGAUUUCCCAUUCGACGAGCGACACAUCGUUGUCUCUACCGAUAAGCGAAGUCGAAAGUAUGGAUCCUGGAACCGAACUCGCCUCGAUCUUGCUGCAGACGACCUUACAAUCUAAAGCUUCCGAGGCACUUUGCAUACCGGAAAUCUUGUCAGAUGUUCUCAAAUUGUUGAGACAAGAUAAAAAAAAGGCUUUACGAAAUCUGGCAUCUGUUAAUAGGAUCUGGUUCCAAGAGGCUACACGACUCUUAUGGAGAGAAGCUUCAUCCAAAGCAUUGAUUUCUGUAGAAGAAUCACGUCGCAAUAUUUAUGCUCCCAAGAUCCGCAAACUUACAGUACACCACGCGUCCUGCCACGUACAGCUUCGUCAUUGCAAUUUCACAUCAUUGCGGGUUCUCUGCUUCAAUCUGGGAGCUAAAGGUGUGAAGCACGAUGUGUAUAGCCAGUAUUUGCGGCCCACUCUAGAAGAAGUCUUCUUUAUGGCCUUGCCACCAGAUGAAUUUCUGCAUGGACUGAAUCAGCACUGCCCGCGCCUUUGUGUAUUCGCCCAAGGCCUACAAGCACACACAGAUCGGUCUGACCUUGCUGAUUUUCUGACUACGAAUCAGUCCUUGCAAAGUGUGAAGCUUGUCUCAGAGUCUGAAGACAAUUCUGUUACACUGCUCCAAGCACUAAGCAAGAUGCCUUACCUUGAGGAUCUUAGUGUGAAGGGUCAGAUCCCCGAGAGCGUGUUAAGGCAGCUGCUGGAAUCGUCCGCGGAAACACUAGAUCUUCCACGAUUCAAUACAUUAUCCAAAGUCGAGAUCACCGUUGGUGUACCUGCGCUAUCACUGCUUCGCCCAACGUUUAGUGCCAUGACAAGCCUCACUCUCGACAUUCUGAUAGAGAAGGAAAGUCAUGAACUCGAUGCCCUUGCUCAUCUGCCUCUCGAAAGUCUGCAACUCCACAUCGCCGCUGGGAUUCAAUUCUCGUCCCAGGAACUUCUAUUCCUGCACAAUGCGAAGAAUCUGCAAAGUCUUUCUAUCCGGCCCAAGCCUUGGAGUCCGACGAUAACGAUGCCAAACCUCACAAUAUCUAACGACCACUUCAAACAGAUUUUCGCCAAUCUAUCAGCGCUGAAGAGACUUUUAAUUUGGUUCUCUGUAAGAAUUAACGACACGCAUACCGCUUUGCUCGAUCUUGGUCGCUCCUGUCCAAAACUCGAGAACUUGCGCAUGUAUUGUACCGUCGAGUUGGCUUCUUGGACCAAUAUACCUACGCCACUGUUUCCAAGCCUCACCUUUCUAUGGAUAGCCUCUGUCAAUGACGACCGGCUUGAUAUAGAUCCAAGCGGACAAAUCUCUGAACACUUGGCUGCUUUGAUUGAUAAAAAAUGCACCCAAAUUGGAUAGAUUUGUGGCCAUCAAUAAUUAUGCUUAUCGUCCGACGGAGGCUAGAGAGUUGUCGAAAUAUGUGAUGAGGGCGCACGGUAGGAUAAAAGAGAUCUCGCAGACACGACACUCACAACAUGACAAUGAUAGAUGAGAAUCGAAUGACUUUGCGAUAGACGACUGAUAGCAAACUCUGGGGAAGUCGCGUCUGCUCAACCUACGUCGCAAUGGCAACCGGGAUUGCCGCCUGAACAUAUUUUCUUUCCGAUCUCAAAACAUGUUACAGGAGACCUGUAUUAUGUACAAUACAGACUCUAGAAGUCCCGAAUGUCUCCGAGCUAUCAUACCGGAUACUACAAUUCUUCCAAGCAAAUCGUAACACACUAGCCAAAGCAGCGCGAGUGAACAGCUCGUGGUUCGUGU